AUGACAAGCUUUGGGACUAACAUCUCAAGUGCUGCUAGCAUCACACUAAAGGGCUUUCCAGAGUUGGAAAGCUUGGAGCACUGGCUGGCUGCCCUCCUCCUGCUGCUUUAUGCUUUUUCCAUCCUAGGCAAUACCCUCAUUCUUGUCAUCAUAAAGGAGGAGCAGAGCCUGCACCAACCAAUGUACUACUUCUUGUCACUUUUGUCUAUCAAUGACCUGGGGGUGUCCUUUUCUACACUGCCCACUGUCCUGGCUUCCAUGUGUUUUCAUGCUCCAGAGACUGCUUUGGAUGCCUGCUUGGCCCAGAUGUUCUUCAUCCACUGUUCCUCCUGGACAGAAUCUGGGAUCUUGCUGGCCAUGAGUUUCGACCGCUAUGUGGCUAUCUGUAAUCCACUGCGCUACUCCUCAGUGCUCACAAAUGCCCGUGUGGCCCACAUGGGUGUAUCCAUCAUUAUCCGCAGCUUCUGCAUGGUCUUCCCACUUCCCUUGCUCCUAAAGCGAUUGUCCUUCUGUAAGGCCAACGUGCUGACUCAUUCCUACUGCCUGCACCCAGACUUGAUCCGCUUGCCUUGUGGAGAUACUACCAUCAACAGCAUGUACGGGCUUUUCAUUGUCAUCGCUACCUUUGGGGUGGAUUCUGUGCUCAUCUUCCUCUCUUAUGUCCUCAUUCUCCGAUCUGUGCUGGCCAUAGCCUCCCAAGAGGAAAGGCUUAAGACACUCAACACAUGUGUGUCACAUAUCUGCGCUGUACUUAUCUUCUAUGUGCCCUUGGUGAGUGGGUCGGUGGUACAUCGAUUUGGGAAGCAUGCUUCUGAGUAUGUGCACAAGUUUAUAUCCCUGGUCUACCUCUUCGUGCCUCCAGUGCUCAACCCAAUUAUCUAUUCCAUCAAGACUAAAGAGAUUCGUAGGAGAUUACAGAAGAUAAUUGUGGGCCCUAAGUUCUGA